AUUUAGUGUUUCUUGAGUGUCUAUAUAUGAAGCAACAAACAACCACAUAUUGAUAUACCAAGCAUAAUCACUCCACAACGUUAAGCUACACGAUUAUGAGUCACAAUAUAACAUUAUUAUUAUUAUUAUUAUUAUUGAUAUUGUGAUAAAAUUGAGUGUAGUUGCUCUAAAAUUAGCAACUUUUUUUGUAUGCUUGAUCAAGUACUUCUUAAUCCAUCAAAUUUCCUCAACGACCUCCUAGUGUGGCUUACAUGUUCAAUUAUGUUUCUUUUUCAAACCCUAAAUUCUUUUUACUCAUACCCAAUUACUAGAUUCGCGUCUUCUUCAAUGGUAUAUGAUGCUUCUCUUCCAUGCUUGUUAGUUGGAAAGUCCGCGGCGCCAAAUUACAUGGCGGUUUCUGUAACUCACUGCCUUUAGUGAUGGAACCUUCUGCCUUCAAUAUCAUGAAGAUGAAAGUGGAUGGAGAAAGUGUGAUGAAUGUGAAAAGGAAGUUCACUGUGGAUGCAUUAUGUCUCUCCAUUUAUAUGAAGCUAAUGAUUUAUGUGGUGUAACCUGCAAGGUUUGCAUUGGAAAAAAGAGUCUUGUGUCCGAUAUAGGCACUUCCAAUGCAAGCUCAAGUCCUGAGGAUAGCUUUCAGUCUGAUGACUCAAGCAGUUUUCCUGAAAAUGUCAUUGGUGAAUCCGAGCCUCCAAAUGAUGAAAAUCAGAAUACAGAUACAGAAAUUACUGAAGGAGAUUUGGAUCAAUAUCAAUUGCCAAACUCAGGUCUUAUUUUUCUCUUUGAGAAACAUUUGACACCAGCUGAUUGUGACGCUAAGUCUGGGCGUCUUCAGUUGACGAAGCUGCAGGGAGAGAAAUUACUAGACCAAACUCCUGAAAAUCGCAUUAUUUAUGUUGAUGUAGAAGACAUAGUAGGCAAUCGGUGGAAUCUUAAGUUGCGAUGGUGGUCUACUAAGAAUGGCCGGAGGUAUAUAUUUGAUGGCACUAGAAAGUGUUGUCAGAAAAUGCAAUGGAAUGCUGGUGACACAUGCAGAUUUCAGAUGGAAAACUGAUCUUGGAGCUUCAAAAGAUUCCAAUAAAUACUUUUCCAAGUACCCAAUAGGUAAUGCUGCUCCUGAGCUCCGAGACAGAAAAGUAGCUGUAUAGCCGUUGAAGCAUUCUCAGGCUGUUGGCAUAUCCGGCCUUUUCCUGUUCUAUCCCCCCUUGCUAAAGGAACUUUUUGAAGCAAUAAAAAACACCAUUAGGUGAAAGAAACUUGUGGUUUAUUAUGUGAUUCUGUUGUCUUUGCUUGGAUCGUUAUUCGUCCUGACAAAAGGUUUGCUGAAAACCCGAAACAGUGAUCGUUGAAGUUUGAAAGCUUGAACUUUAUGUCGAGCUGAACCUUUCUUCCUUUUUCUCUCCAGCAGUAAGUUGGGUUGUACCCAUAUUUUACUGGAUGAAAGCUGUUGUUUGGACCUAUUUUAUGCUCUAAUAACCAACAAUGAUUCAGAAUGCUCUCA